AUGAUUGUACUCAAAAGCCUCUUAGUGCUAGCGCCCUUCGUAUGCCUCGGACGGGCUGAUACAGGAGCCAAUGAAUGCACUCUUGCUACGUUCAAUGGUCUAAAAGGCCUAGGGCCUCCUAAGGGCCUAAAAAAGUAUCCUCUGCCAAAAAUCGCGGGCCCGGCGCGCAUCGAUAUAACAAAGGGUAUCUCAGUUCAGAUGACUCAAUCCGACCCCAAGUACCAAGGCUGUACCUGGAAGUUUUUCAACUCUGGCUAUAUUCAACAGCAAGUGUGGUAUUCAGUGUCAAACAAUAACUGGGAUUCUAUUUGGGUGUAUGCAGACUCAGACUCCAGGUCUAAAGAUGCGGGUCCUGGUUGCGAAAUGCACGAUAACUACUGUGAUAGUGACAACGAAGGAAUUUACGUUGGAAACGCCCUAUAG